AUGACGCCAUCUCCUCCAGUUGCUACUAGUCCGCCUCGAGGCUACUUUUUGCGUCGGCGCCCUCCGAAGGCUCGGCAACAGCAAGGCAACAGCAAACACCAGCAACCAGUAGCAGUAGCAGCUGCAGCAGCAGCAGAAGCAGCAACAGCAGAUGGACGUUAUGAAGGGAGAGCAAAAGUAGGCUCAGGAUCGGCCCGAUCUACCCUCCAGUCUAUUGUUCAGCAGCACGCGCCGAGCAGCAGCAGCAGAAGCAGCAGCAGCGAAUGCAGCAACAGCAGCAGCAACAGAAGCAGCAGCAGCAACUUGCCCCGGGACCAUGUUCUAGAGAGGGAAACCACUGCAGGAUCUGUAGCUUCUGGGGACAGCCUAAACUUAUCUGCUGCACCAGAAGCAGCAGCAGCAGCAACAACGACGAAAACCGCAGCAGCAUCAACAGCAGCAGGCGCAACAAGCACUGCAGCAGCAGCAGGUGGUGCUUUUGCAGGGAAGCAGAUGCAGCAGCUUUUCGCUUCAGUAAAGCAGCUUUUCUUUCCUUCUCAGUUUCAGGGAUGGAUGCUGCUGCUGCUGCUGCUACAGUUGGUUGCGCUUGUGUUGCUGAUGCAGCAGCAACAGCAGCUGUUGCUGCAGCGCGAAGAGCUGCAGCAGCAUGCGGUGUAUGGGCAGCUGGCCUUCCAGCAGCACCAAAAGCGCCUCCUCAACAGCCGCCGUUCCCGUAUAGGUACGCGGCAGCCGCAGCAGCAGCAGCAGGAGCAGCAGCAGGUUGGAUUUUUGUCUGUUUGUUUUGGCAUCCCGAAGAAAUAUAUUUGA